AUGAGACUGGUAAUCCUUGUAUGCCAGCUUUGCCUCAUUCUGAGGAUCGAGGCCCAGAUACCAAUGGCUUGCAUUAUUAGUCAAACAAACAGACCUCCAGAAAAUUCGGACAUAACUGUGGUCUGCGGCUCUGAGUAUAUGGACCUAAGCAUCUACCUUUGCCCAAUGUAUCAAGCUCUUUACAAUGAGUCUCAGAUGGUCCUCAAUAAUCAGAUAAACACACCAGAGUGUUAUGGGUCUGCUGAUUGGAGCGUGGACCCACCAGUUUUAAAAUUCAGAUUUCCCCUGAAUGACAGUUCUGUCUCAUCCUGCAAUAAUAACUUUAAGAUAAGCAACCAAAUUGGGACUGGAGAGUUUUCUGACUUUUCAAGCAUCCAGUUCGUCAACAUCUCUGGCACUGUUACCUCUAUAGACCCCUCUGUGGCCAUGAUCACCUAUCGCUCGCAGAUCUUGUACAAGUUCUCCUGCUUCUACCCAAUGCAGUAUCUCAUGAACAACACUCAACUGGACGUAUCAGGUGUGAAUGUUGCCAUACGAGACAACAAUGGCAGCUUCAUCAGCACACUGAGUAUGGAGCUCUACCAAGAUGAGCUCUACCUACAGAAACUUGAUAUCCCACAAACAGGACUAAACCUGAAGACCAAGAUUUAUGUUGCAGUUAAGGCUACCAAUCUAACUGACAGGUUCAACGUGCUGCUGGACAGAUGUUACGCAACAACAAGUCCUUAUCCCUUACGCAACACCUUUUAUGACCUCUUUGUAGGGUGUCAACGUGACGCUCAAACUAAGGUGGAGCUCAAUGGGCAGUCCCAGGUGGCAUACUUCUCCUUUGAGGCCUUCAGAUUUGUGGAGCACAAAAAUAAGACAGUUUCUACUUUCUUCCUGCACUGCGUCACCAGGCUCUGUGAGGUGGCCUCGUGUCGCCAAUUACUGCCGGACUGUGUAACAACCGGAAGGAGAACAAGAGAGGCACCAGAUGUGUCUGCCAACGCUACAAUCACCUCGUCUGUCAUUGUUGUGGGGACAAAAAGCAGUGGAGAAGCUCAAACUUUCUCUGCUUCUUACGGCUUGUUAUCUGAGGGCAGUUACAGCGGCCCCGUUGUGGCUGUUAUUGUCUGCAUCGUCAUCUUAGCUAUUCUCCUUGUCUCCAUGGCUGCAUACUUUGUCUUGUAUGUCAGAAGAAGAAAACCAAUCAUCCAGUAA